AUGACUCUAAGCUUUGCCUCUUCAGCUCUCUUGGAGAGCUUGGCUCUUACUGAGUGCACGCGGAUUCACAGCCUGCCGGAGGACAUCGGAUGCUUGCAUGCCCUGAAGUCUCUUGUGCUGCACAAGCUGUCUCUCGUGGCCCUCCCGGACUCCCUCUGCCAUCUGCCUUCCCUCGAGACGUUCGUUCUCGUCGAAUGCACCACCAGCCCUCAUGUUCAGCAGCUGCCUAAAGCUUUCUGCUGCCUCACGUCGCUCCAGUCCCUCGCCAUCGUGAGGAUGCCUUGGACUAAACCUCCUAUGUCUCUCCCGUACUCCCUCGAGGUCUUAGCUCUUGGAAACAGCUACCACGUGGCUGAUCUGCCAGACGUCUCCCUUCUGCCUUGGCUGAGAAAGCUCAGCCUAACUCUGGUUGGUGCGGAGGAGAGAAUGGCUGUUAGCAGCAGCUUUGCGCGCGUGAAGCAGUUGGAGUUAGCACUGCAGGAGGAGGCUGUGGAGCUGCCCUUCUCCCUUGCGCUGCUCCCCCAGCUGCACACGCUGGUCAUUUGGUAUGCGAGGAAGAUGCAGCAGCUUCCAAGCGACAUGGGAUGGGCUGUGCCGCAGCUGAGGGUUCUGCAGAUCCACUGUGCGCGGGAAUGGAGGGAGCUGCCAGAGAGUAUUGGCGCUGCUUCCCGCCUGCGCCAGUUGCACCUCUUUGACUGCCCCGCCCUGCACCACCUGCCUGCUUCCCUCACCCGGCUCUCAUGUCUCCACGAGCUGCAUGUGGAAAGCACCGGCCUGCGCUGCCUUCCUUCAGGCUGGCCCCACCUGCUCCGGUUUCCCAUACUUCCCCCUCACCACAUGCACUCUUGA